UAGUAAGUUUUCAACUCUCAAAGUAAAACUUUAACAAAAAAUAAGAAUUUGAAAUUUUAAAAAAGUGAAAAAAUGAAAUCUUUCAUUAUUAUAACUUUGGCAAUUCUCUCAACUGCUUCAGCUCGUAUUUAUAGCGGGCCAUGUCGAUUGGACGAAAUGUCAGCUCGAGUGAAGACAAACUUCCAAGUUUCACCUUUCAUGGGUGUUUGGUACCAAAUCGGACGAUAUGAUACACAAACCAAUUAUGUUUGCGUCACGUCUCGCUAUUCAUUGAACAAUGAUGGCUCGAUUCAUAUGAGUAGUACCGGAUUCACUUCAGGAGGUACAUUUAGACAAUCCACUGGACAAGCACAAUUAACUAACCCAAACGAAAAUCCAUUAACUGGAAAACUUGAUGUUACUGGAUUUGGAUCAGGAACAACAUCAGCAAUCUUUUGGGUCAUGGAUACAGAUUAUUCUGAUUACGCAGUUGUGUGGAGUUGUCGUAACAUUUCUCGUGGAAGAUCUGAAGAGCUUGCAUGGGUAUUGGCAAGAACACCACAAACAUCGGAGGCUGUUAGACAACGUUAUGAAAAUGCUGUUCAUGCAAGUGGACUUGUAUUAGAUGCAAUCAGAUUGACUAAUCAAGAUGCGACAUUCUGCAGUAGCUUGUUCUAAUACAUUAGGAAAAUUAGUUUAAUGAUAAAAAUUUAAUUUACAAUUUAUAAUUUAUAAUAAAGAUCUCCAUAUUGAAUACAAGGAAAUUGAGAAAUUUUUU